CAUGAAGAUCAUGCUGAAGCAUGCUGUUACACAUGGUUUUUAUCUUCUGCGUCAGGCAUGAAUCUUGUCAUCAUGAGAAUUGACACCAACACGUACCGACACGCGAGGGCACUCAAGCUGAACGCACGGUCGCCUCAUAUGAGCUGAGAUCAGAGGAUUUGGAAGUUGUUUCUGCAUCACCAAGCCGGCUUUUGCCUCGUGAGUUUUAUAGCCGGUCUCAAGGUCCUACGAAUGAGACAGCGAAUUCUUUACUGCAAUGCAGGCUCAUCGACCAAGAUCCUUCGAUCCUAUCGGGGUACUCUCAUGAUGGUUGCGAGACUAAGUCGAGGACCUCCAGAUUCAUCCAUGAACUUGUCAUGCCAUACAGGCAGAAGGGACGCCAAGAAGCUCCAGUUGAACAACGUCAAUGGGAACGAUAAUUACCUGAUCACGGCGCUGAUGUCGGAGAGGUUGCUUUCUUGGCCCCGUUGGCCCGCAAAUAUAUGCUAUUGGAUUGCGAAAAUUGAAAGGUUUGCAUCGUGCAUCAAACAGUGGCGGAUAAGACUUGCAUGAGCCCAUGGAAUAUCGCGUCGAUUGGCUUGAACAUCGCAACACCCUCAAGAUAGCUAAGCCUAAAUGGUCUGGUGAGGCACCUUCAAGAUCUAAGCAAAUGCCGGAU